AUGGCCUCCCCAUUCUACAAUUACACUAUCGCCACUUUCACCAGGGGUCUCAAUACCGUCUCUACCCUCCUGAAAAAGGGUGAAGAGUACGCAAAAGAAAACAAUAUCCCACUCGAUGAAUUUCUCAAUGCCCGCCUUGUCGAGGACAUGAAGCCUCUCUCCUUCCAAGUUGCGACUGCCACAAAUACCGUCUCCAAGGCCCUCGCCCGCGCAGCAUCCGUUGAGCCUUUGCCACAGCAAGAGCUGGAUAAGACCUACGAAGAUCUUUACAAGCGCAUUGAUAGAGCACUUGCGGAGCUCGAAAAGGCCGAUCCGGCCAAGAUUGCCUUGAAGGAAGGGCAAGUUUUCAAGGCUCCACUGGGAAAGGAGGAGUUCGACUUUACGCUCGAGGAUUAUUCAGUGCGAUUUGCCAUCCCCAAUUUCUAUUUCCAUGUUGUGACGGUGUAUGAAAUUUUGAGGGUGAAAGGUGUGCAGAUAGGGAAGAUGGAUUAUCUAUCGGACUUUAUGGCGUAG